UAUACUUCUGGAAUCCCUGUGUGGCCUGCAGAGAAGACACCAAGGACUCACAGUGCAGGGGCUGCCUCACUGGCCUGACCCAGUCACCCUGGACAAUGACUUCCACUCUGUACAAGUGUCUCUUCAUUUUCUCAGCCCUCAGUUUUUGUGUCUCCCAGCCCAGCAACCAAGACCUCCCUCCCCAAGAACCCAUUGCUGAGAAAGAAAAUCCUUCCCACCGGAGGUUGGCACCAGUGAAUGUUGACUUUGCAUUUCGCUUAUUUAAGAAUUUGAUAUCAAGAGCCCCAGACAGAAAUGUUUUCAUCUCCCCAGUGAGUAUUUCUAUGUCCUUGGCCAUGCUGUCCCUUGGGGCCAGGGCAGCCACACACACUCAGCUCUUGGAAAGCCUGGGAUUCAACCUCACGGAGACGUCAGAUUUGGAAAUCCACCAGGGCUUUCAAUAUCUCAUCCAUCUGUUCAACAAUUCAGAUACUGGCCUGGAAAUGAACAUGGGAAAUGUCCUAUUUCUUGACUCUCAGAUAGAACUUAUGGAGACAUUCAUGGCAGAAAUAAAGCACUAUUAUAAUGUAGAAGUUUUUUCUGCAGACUUUCAAAAUUCAACCAGAGCCAAGAAACAGGUCAACGAUUUUGUCAAGAAUAAAACUUUGGGGAAAGUUGAUCAGUUAUUCAAGGAACUGGAUAGUGAUACCAUGCUUAUUUUGAUCAGCUAUAUAUUUUUUAAAGGAAGAUGGGCAAAAUCUUUUGACUCCAAUGUCACCGAAAUGCAGAAGUUUUACACAGGUGAGAAUGUCAGCGUGGACAUGUUGAUGAUGUUCCAAUCUAGGGCCAAUAAUCACUUGUUUGACAAGGAGCUGUCCUGCACAGUGGUGCAACUGGAGUACUCGGGGAGUGCCACAGCCUUCUUCAUUCUGCCAGAUGAGGGGAAGAUGGAUCAGGUGGUGGCUGCCCUGAGCCGAGACAUGCUGAACAGAUGGUCACAGCUCCGUCGGUACAGACAUGUGGAUUUAUAUAUUCCAAAGUUGUGUAUUUCUGAAUCCUAUGAUCUUGAAGAUGUCCUAAGGGAAAUGGGGGUAAUGGACAUAUUCACCAGCCAAGCCAAUCUCUCUGGCAUCACUAAAGAAGCCUCAGUUCAACUGUCUGAAUUCCUCCAUAAGGCUGUACUCAGCAUUGAUGAAGAGGGCACAGAGGCAGCUGCAGGCACUGGACUAAAUGUGAUAUUCAAAUCAUAUCAUCCGAUCAUCAAGUUCAACAGACCUUUCCUGUUCUUUGUGUUUGAUCACUUCACCUGGAGCUCUCUCUUCCUGGGAAAAAUCACGAACCCCGUAUAAGUGCCUACACGUAAAAUGUUGAACUGGAGAGGCAUUGUUGUAUGUCGUAUUGUGGAAAAUGAUUGGACUAGGAAUCGCAUCGGGAGACCUGGUGUCUACUUGGAGGGUUUGCACUUCCUACCUUCACCUCAGUGUUCUAUUUCCUCUUCUGUAAAAUGGAGAUAAUUCUUCCCUGACCCCGCGUUCAUCAUCAACAAUAGGAUUGUUUUGUGGUCCAAAUGAAACAAUGAA